AUGGCACAGACUGCUCCCACUACAUAUUUCACCCCACAAGCAGCAGAUACAUCUCCAACCCCAACGCAACCAAUAAUAAAGCGCAUCAAAUGCAAUGUAUCCGAGUGCGGAAAGCUAUUCAGUCGCAAGGAGCAUCUUACUCGACAUAUGAAGUCACAUGAUACUAGGCUUCAACAUGAAUGUUCUGUGUGUGGACGACGAUACGCACGAAGUGACGUAUUGAAGCGGCAUCUAGACCAUCAUACUCAAAGCUUCAACACCAAACGUACAACGGUUGCGUGCACAUCAUGUCAUGAACGAAAACUCAAGUGUGAUGAUACUUCACCUUGUCGAUCAUGCCUUCGCACGUCAACCGAAUGCAGCCGGCUGACUGAGGAUUGGAGUAACCGUACCAAACUUGGUAGUGGAAAUUCGAAUGAGGCUAUCAUCAGGACCGGCCCGGCCAAUAUUGAUAAUUCCUUGCGAAGUUUUGAUGAUUCACAACCUUGGUUUCAAUCGGAAAAUCUAACCUUACCCUUACCUCCAUAUUCUGAUGCGACUCUUAACUUCUUAUUUCCAGCUGAAGCUAAUGCGGUAUUACCCUGGGGUCAACCCCCAGACGAAGUGGGGAGUCUUACAGAUAUAUUUCCCAUGCCUCUAUCUAAUGAUACACCGUUUUCCCUGCAUGUGAUUGAUGAUCCUUUCAAGCCUUGGAUGAACGUAACGCGUUACGAUGGUGAAUCUAGCGAUAGAACAAUGUCAACAUUGGCAUCACAAUCACCCCUAUCAUCAUGGUCUUGCGAGCAAGAUCAUUUGUCAGAAUUACGCAGGACAUUGAGUCAAGAUCCGGCCCUCUUGAAACAACUUCUCGAAGCGUAUUUUACCAAAAUUCAUCCCUCCUGGCCGAUUUUGCAUGCUCCGACGUUUAACCCUCAAACUGCUUCUCCCAUCUUACUAGGUUCUAUGCUGAUGCUUGCAAAUUGGCUAGAGGGUGAUGCAAAUCAUGAAAAGCUUGCUUCAAUGGUAUUUGAGGCAAUUUCAGUGGCUCGAUUGGAAUCCAGUCUUUCAUUCGACAAGGAGAUUGAUCAAUCAUCGCUUCAGAAUCUCCAGGGUCUUUUGUUAUGUGUUGUAUACAGUAUUUCCCUUUUGACUACCAAAGGAAUGUCAUCGAGAGCCGUCCAUCUCAAUGGUGCUCUCGUCUCCACCUGUCGUCACGCGGGCAUCUUCAAUGGUCAAAAUAAAUAUUAUGAGCUCGGAGAUUGCCCAUUCGAUCUUUGGCUGGUCCAAGAACAACUUCAUAGGCUUGCAUUUGCCACUCUGAGAGUAGAUGCCUAUCUGAGCGUACUCAUGGAUUAUCCUCCAUCUGUUCGAUAUCAGGAGAUCAGCAUUCCCCUCCCAAAGUCCACGAAGCUGUGGACUGCUGCAACUGAGGAAGAAAGGCGAAGACUUCAAUGGAAUGAACCUGCAGGUCGCGAGAAGGCCCUAUUUUGUUUCCUCAUGCGAGAUAUCAUUGAUGCUAGCGAUGCAUAUUCAGUCUCUUACCAUCUCACCGAUAACGACUAUCAUCUCGGACUUUGUUCUCUGCAGAUUGGGACGUGGGAAGCAGCUCGCGAUGCCUUUUGCUGUUGUGAUUCAGAUGAGCUGAUAAUUGACACAAAGCGAAGCGAUCCAGUGCAUCGAUGGAGUGCUCAACUCGAUCAUUGGCGCACAAGCAUGGAGGAACAUGCCCAAUCACGCUCAGACAAUCACUCUACCGAAAUCAGUGGGGAUCACAUAUCUCCACAAUUGAAUCUCAUGCUAUGGCAUAUAUCAGCCCUCACAGUUCGUGCGCCCCUAAAGCUGUUACAGCGACAAGGGUGCUGCUUCAAAUGUCGUCCUGGAGCCGGCUUGACUACACAAAGAACGAAAGCGCGUGUCAGCAGCUGGAUGUCUUCACCACACCCCCGCACCGCUAUCUGGAACGCUGCUCAGAUAUGUCGGCUAGCAGAAGAAAACUUCUCGAAUCGUGCAUCUGAUACUGACCCUUUACUCAACCCGCUUGCAAUCCCAGGGAUCUUGAAAAGUGCCAUUGCUCUUUGUUCCUAUGCAUAUCAUAUUCGUGCUUGUCCUGAUUGUACUGGUGUCCCGGAAAAUUCAAUCAAUCUUUUCAAUACACGUCACGAAGAUGAAAAGCUGAAAAUUUGGGAAGAGCAAGGGAUUGGAAUGACAGUCUGGGGUGUGGAAGCAAUUCCAGUAUGUCAUUGUGCGUUUAAGGCGUUGGAGAUGUGGUUUCAGGAGAGGUUAGCGAGAGAUUCAGGUGCUGAGGCACAAUUCGUAUCGUUCCUCACUGGCUACACUGAUACUCGAGUAUGA